AUCCAGCCCUCGCAGUGAGAAGAGCUAAUAUCUAGCAUUGAUUAACAUAAUAUAGUGCGUACUUUACUAUGGCACCCAAGCGUCUUUUUGCCUCAAAGGAGAGUGAGGAGAGUGAAUCAAAGAGGAGAAGGAAAGUUGUGACCAUAGAAAAGAAGUUAGAAGUAUUGAAUUGCUAUGAUCGUGGUGAAAAAACUUCAGUUAUAGUUCACGCUACAGGUCUUAACGAGAGCACAUUGAGGACCAUAAGGGCGAAUGCUGACAAAAUCAGAGCUAGUGCUGUCGCUGGUACAUCAGCUUCCUCCUCACAAUGUUCCAGGGCAAGAUCUUUAGAGAUGGAGAGGAUGGAGAAGUUACUGGCACAAUGGAUUCAACACCAGAACAAGGAGAAUGUCCCUCUCAGCAUGGCUAUUAUACAGGCUAAAGCCUUGAGCAUUCACAAUGAUCUGGUAGACGAGGAGGAGAAAGACAAAGUCAAGAACUUUAAUGCAAGUGCUGGAUGGUUCGCCAGGUUCAAAAAACGAUAUGGCUUUCACAAUCUCAAGAUGACUGGGGAAGCAGCCUCUGCCGAUGUAGAAGCAGCCAAGACAUAUCCAGAUACCCUCAAGAUGAUCAUCAAGGAAGGUGGCUACACAUCUAAGCAGAUUUUUAAUGUAGAUGAAACUGGUCUAUAUUGGAAGAAACUGCCUAACCGGACUUAUAUCUCGGUUGAAGAGACGACAGCACCUGGAUUCAAGGCCUCCAAGGAUCGACUCACUCUAUUGUUUGGUGCCAAUGCAGAGGGAGACUGUAAGCUGAAGCCUGCCCUCAUCUAUCACUCGGAAAAUCCACGAGCAUUGAAGGGCUAUGUCAAGACCUUCCUACCCUGCUAUUGGUAUUCCAACAAAAAAGGAUGGAUGACGGGAAGCAUUUUUAAGGAUUACGUUGGAAAAUUGGAAAAAGAAUUAGAACUUUACUGUGAGAAGGAAGAGAUUCCAUUCAAGAUUCUGCUCAUCUUGGAUAAUGCGCCCAGCCAUCCUCCGUCAAUAGAAAAUUUAUCCAGCAACAUCCAGUUCGCUUUCUUGCCACCAAACACCACUUCAUUGCUUCAGCCAUGUGACCAAGGAAUCAUCAAAACUUUCAAGUCUUACUAUCUACGUUCGACCCUGACUGACAUGGUUGCGAGGACACAAACAGAUAAGAUGACCGUGAAGGAAUAUUGGAAGCAGUUUACCAUCAAAGAUGCUCUCCGUUUUAUUAAAGAAUCUUGGGAGAAAGUGCCAAGGAAAUGCCUGAAUGGGGUUUGGAAACAGCUGUGUCCUCAAUUGGUGUAUGAUUUCUUCGGCUUUGACAUCAGUGAAAAUAAUUACAAAGCUAGCAAGGAAUGUCUUGUCAAGGCAAAGGAAGCUGGGUUCGAUGAACUUGAAGAAAAAGAUAUUGAAGAACUGCUUGAAUCACACCGAGAGGAAUUGACAAACGAAGAACUCUUGGAGAUGGAGAAGCUACAAAAGGCAGAGUUGGAGGCAGUUGCAUCACGGCCUACAGCACCCACCCCAGAGCCUGAGCGAAUUCUAACAAAAAGUGAUCUUGAGGAAGCGCUGUCAUCCAUACGAGGAGCAUUAGACAUCCUAGAAGCCAAGGAUCCCAACAUCAACAGGAGUGCUACACAGAACUGAACUGCUACACAGUAAUGCUAGAACAAAAGAAGAAGAAAACAACACAAACAAAACUCAGCCAGUUUUUUAUAAAAAAAACAGUUCUGGUUGAGGGAAGAGAGAAGGCCGAGGGAAGAGAGCAGGGUGAAGAGAGAGAGUGGGCCGAGGAAGGACAGUGGAGUGAGGAGGGAGAGGGGGAUGGGGAGGGAGACGGGGGUGAGAAGAGAGAGCGGGCCGAGGAAGGACAGUCGAGUGAGGAGGGAGAAGGGGGUGAGCGUGGGAACUGGAGUGAUGCGUCAUAGUGUUUAUACUAGUUUACGUGCGUUACAACUACGUAUGUACUGAACAGUAUUUUCUUAAAUAAAUACAACUAGGGUAAGAAUGUGUGUUUUAUUGUUUCUGUGACCUUUAAAUAUAUAAAUAAAGUGUUUUUUUUCUGGCAAAUUCCCAAAAUAGAUUAAGUUUCCCAUUGCCCUGGAACAUUAACCCCCUUAUUUCCAUUAUUUCUUAUGGAGAA